AUGCAAAACUACACUGACUUGGUCACAGUUUAUGAUGAAGAAGACAAUACAGAGCUGUAUACAUUGAUCAGAAACAGUAAUAUAAGUCCUCGAAGUGCCUUGAUUGGUGCCCACACAGUUAAGACAAAUUACACCAGCAAAUGGUCAAAUGGUGAUGACGUUACAUUCAUUCAGUUAAAUGGGACUUGUGGUGGAAUAUGCGGAGCUGCGUUCAGUGCUAAUGGAUCAUGGGAACUUCUUCCAUACAGUACCAAAAUAUACUUCAUUUGUUAUGUAGAAGGUGUUGGCCAGGCAUCAGACAAAUACAUCUUAAUCCUUCAAAACAAAAACUGGACUGAAGCUCAACUGUACUGCAGAAAGAAUCACAAUGAUUUAGUCAGUAUCAGAAAUGAGAGAGAAAAUGAGAGCGUAAAGAGCAUUAUAAAAGACAGUGAAUUUAAUUUCUGGAUUGGCCUCCUGUAUGAUAACAUUGAAUGGCCUGAUGGUGCACAAUCUUCCUACAGAAAUUAUUCAAGAACACCUGAUCAGGAAAAGCAGACAUUAAUUACUAUAAAUAAUUCAAACAAAACAUGGAUACAAGGGUCAAUAUCCGGUUCCUACAAUGCUCUGUGCUACAAAAGCUUCAUUCAUGUGAGCUCUGAUGAAAUGUCUUGGGAAGAUGCACAGAAUUACUGCAAUAGCAAUGCUUCUGGACUACUGCGAAUCGAGUCACAGAAUGAUCAGAUAGAAACGGAGCGAGAAUUACAAAGACAGAAGAUUCCUGGUCCAGUGUGGAUUGGACUAAGAUAUAAAUUCACUUCUGGCCUUUGGAUUUGGGCCAAUGGGAGUUUUGUGGAAUCCUGGACCAACUGGAAAGGAGGAUUUCAACCAGAACAUCAGAUGUCUCAGUAUUGUGGUGCCAUUGAGAAGGUGAAUGGUGUGUUCAAGUUGUCUGAUAAAGACUGCGGAUCUAAAUUUAGAGUUGUAUGUGAAAAGAUGUAAUUCGCAAACAUUUCCAAACGCUGUUAUUUAGAUUCGCCAGAAUGCGUAUUCUGAAUAUCUUGUGAUGCCUGACAUUAGCACUAUCUUUUCCUGGACAAAUGGGUUACCUCAGUAGUUAAGAAGUGUGUUUCAUGUAUCCAUGUGUUCCAAUCAAAUAAGUUGCAUGUAAUUUUAUUAAUAUAACAAUUUCUUAUU